CACUUCUGGGUGUCAGCAGUGACAAAGACAAACAAUGUGACAGAGAAAAAAAACGCCGGCUGCUCUACUCGUAAGAGACUUUGCAAACACUGCUUUUUGCACAAAUCCCUUGUGACUGAUUUUAAACCUACUAAAUGGCUUUUGACAAAUAAUGCAAAAGAAAAAGAAUUGGUUCCAGGAGUGCCCAGCAAUUGUAUAUUAGUGUGUUGCAAUCCCAUCUGUGUCUGUAACCAUGGAUUUAUUUGUUCAGAUUACAAACCAAAGUCAGGGAAGAGAUCGACUUUUCAGAGCAACUCAAUAUGCAUGCAUGUUGCUUAGGUAUUUAGUAGAGAAUAAACCUGGAACACAGAAAUUGGCAACGAAGCUCAAACGGGUGGAAUCUAACAUGAGUUCUGGGCGUAAAUUGUUCAGACUCGGCAACUUUGUGCAUGCUUUAAAAGCUUCAAAAGCAUCCAUUCAGAUUUCAGAUCCAAUUCCACGCUGCUGCCUAACUGCCGCCAACUUGAAUCGCGUUCUCUAUUUCGUAUGUGACACUGUCCUUUGGGCACGAAGCGUGGGUAUAGUGUCUGGUAUCAGCAAGGAGAGAUGGCUUUCCAGAGCAACCAAGUGUUAUUACUACUCACUUCUGCUCAAUAUACUUAUGGAUAUAUAUGAAAUAUCAUGGCGUAUGGAGAAAGAGGCCAAGGAAAGAAAACAGAAAGCAAGAGAUACAGCUGCUGAAAGUGACCAAGACCUAAAAUUCCUUUCUGUUUUACCAAAAGGGUUUGAGAAUUUCCUGUUACUGCUUUACUUAAGUUUCCGUAACCACCCACCUCUUUUAUUAGAUACUAUCAAAAAUGUCUGUGACCUUUUUAGUCCCCUUGAUCGCUUAGAAAUUUACAGUACCAGUCAAGGGAUCAUUGGCAUUUGUGGCCUUGUCUCUUCUCUUGUAGGCAUCCUUACUGUGGCAAAUCCAUCAUUAAAGAUAAAGCACUGAACAUAAAAAACUGAAAAGUUAAAAUAAUAUACUCAGGAUGUAAUUUUAGAAACAGAAUGUCAGACAGUUCUAGGUUUAACUUAAAUUGAAUUUUAUUAAGUAAAUAGGUAUCACAUUUUUUGCAAUAGAAUUUUCUACAGCACUUUAAUGUUUUUAAUAUUUUCACUUUACAUAGAAAGUAUGACGGCACUCCUUUUUUAAAGGACAUAGAAAGUCUAUUCCUUGGGGGGUGCCAAAAUGUUAGGUACCCCCCCCCCCCCCCAGUAAAACAGAUUGCUAGGCUUUUCCUUGGGCUGGACCAGUACGCAGGUAAAUGAAAUGCCGGCACAGAGCUGAGUUUUUUUUCCACAUGCUGCUUUCUCCUAACAGGAACACCAGCCUGAUGAAAACCCUUAGCCACCUAUUUCACUGAGAGGAUACCAAUCCCAGACUUUGCAAGUUUGCCUGAUCAGUAUUUUAAUGAUCUCCUAUACUAAUUCAUCAUUUUUUGGGGAAGUACAAGUUUUGAGCUAUUACACAGGCCAGGGCUUGUCAGUGUAUAGUCACUACUACUUAGUGGUUUUACUGUGAAUUCAGUAGCUUGACUGUGUAGUUUUACUGUGAAUUUGGUUAUACAGCAUGUCUAUGUGUAGACCUUUACAUUAGAGGCAUAUUGAUCAAAAGGAAACAAAGACAGUUUGGAAAACCACAUUUUUGCUCCCACAGCCAGCUAACUUAUAUAGGCCCUGGGAGGCUUGUCUUUUCACCCUUUGUUAAUACUAAUUAAUUAAUAUGAUGUAGGAGGUAUGGUGCACUGACUUGACCAUAAUACCAUAUGGUAUUGGUAUAGCUGCUUUCUCUAGUCAGUUUGGAAUAAUUUCAGAGUAAUUCCCUGGUGCUUUUGAUAGAAUUUUCAUACAAAUAAUUUGUUUUUAGUUUUUAAUAGCAGUAACACCAAAAAACAAAAGAGUUAGGUAUGCAUUAUAACAUAAUGUACUGCUACUCUGCACUCUCAAAACUGUGUGCUUAUUUGAGAAGUACAUUUAUAAUCAGGGGCGAAUUGGUGGUUCCGAUGCCUUAAGUUGCACUCUCUGCACUGGAAGAGCUGAAAUUCAGAUUGAAAAAUUGUAAUUUUGGCUGUUAAAGAUACCAGAGGCAGCUUUUUGCUGCCCCUGGUAACUUGCGGGGCUCUGCCACCUGAGGCAAGUUUCUCAACUCAACUCAUGGCAGCAGUGACCCUGGUAAUAACAUAUCAGUAUGCUAUUUAAAUAGGGCGUAGAGUUAAUAAUUGCAUAGCAGAUAAUGGAUAAUCUUAGUACUUACUGUAAGUAAAGAAAUACAGGGAUGAAGUUUAGUCCAUUGCUCUGUACACACCUAACAUAAGAUGAACACCUAACAGCUGAAGCUGUUCGGCGUGAAUAACAGGAAAUAACAGAUAUUCCUCUUUUUAUUGUGUGAUUUUUAAAUAUAUAUAUUUUUGAAUUUCCGUGAACAAAUUUCUAGAUAAUAAAAGAAGCUUCUGAAAAA